GUGCCUGGGCUGCUGAUCGCCUGGAUGCUGAGCGGAGACUCAAGCCCUAAUUUGGUGAAAGCAUUUGCUGGAGGGGGGCCCAUCUGAGCCACUCAGGGUGGAGUCAGGGUAAAGCAGACCGGGAGACUCGCUGAGAAUUUACAACUGCAAGUUUUUUUCUGAGAUUAAGGACGAAGAUCAUUUUUUGAUGAUGGUGCCAUGGCUGCUUUUCCUUGUGCUACCCACCUACGUCCAAAAUCUGAAUCUGGAUAAGACUCCCCAAACCUUGUCGGGACCCCCUGGUAGCUACUUUGGCUUUUCCUUGGACUUCUACAAAGGGACCAGCAUUGUGGUGGGAGCUCCAAGAAUGCAGGCUCUCGAGAGCAACAUCACAAAGGGAGGAGGUGUCUUCCUAUGUCCCUGGGAUCCCAAGGGAAGCAGCUGCACCAACAUAAACUUUGAUAAGACAGGAGAUGGAGCGGAUCCUUUGGGUAGUUACACCAUGAAGGUCUAUAAGUCCAACCAAUGGCUUGGGGCAAUGGUCAGAACCUGGAAUACAGCCAUUGUGGCCUGUGCACCAUUACAGCACUGGAAUUUCAUCCAAAGUGACAAGGAGUCUGGCAUCACUCCCACCGGGGCAUGUUACAUAACUGGCAACCUGCAUGAUAUUCAUGAAUUUGCCCCCUGCAGGGACAACAAGACUGACAGUUACUAUGCCCCUGACAAUAGAUAUUGUGAGUUGGGAUUCAGCGCAGAGAUAAGCAAGGAUGGGACAUUAUUAGCAGGAGCACCCGGGGGUUACUUUUUUAAAGGAUUAUGCGCUACAGAAGAUGUACCUGGCAUCUUGAAAAAGCCCCCCGUCGCUGCCCUGCUGAAGGCCUACCCAAGCCGACAGAUCUCCCCGAAUUUCAGAUUUCCACCAACUACGUUUUCACAUGAUGCCUACAAAGGUUUCUCAGUGGCCUAUGGAGAGUUUACAGAUGAUACUACCCCAGAGAUUGUGGUUGGGAGCCCAAUUUAUCCACAUAUGGGCAUUGUUGAAAUUUAUACAAAUGACUAUCAGUGGAGAAUUAACACUUUUAAGGAAGAGCAGAUCGCCUCCUAUUUCGGACACUCUGUUGCUGUUACAGAUGUCAACAAUGAUGGGAAGGAUGAUGUCUUGGUGGGGGCCCCUCUCUUCAUGGAACGUCGCACUGGUGGGAAGCUGCAGGAGGUUGGACGGGUAUACGUGUACCUGCAAAGGACUUACAGUAGAUUCAGCAAUGACCAUCCAGUCCUUCGAGGGACCAGAGUCUAUGGGCAGUUUGGCUCUUCCAUUGCUCCUUUAGGAGACAUAGACCAGGAUGGGUUCAACGAUGUGGCUGUGGGCGCUCCAUUCGGGGGAGAAUCUGGGGGAGGCUGUGUGUAUAUUUAUCGAGGAUCCACAGCUGGUCUGUCCCCCCAACCUUCCCAGAUAUUGGAAAGUCCUCUACCUCCUCCAACCCAGUUUGGCUUUGCACUAAGAGGAGGGACGGAUAUUGAUGGCAAUGGGUACCCAGAUCUGCUGGUUGGUGCAUUUGAAGCAGACAAAGUCUUUAUAUUCAGGGCCCAGCCAGUUGUUGUCCUUCAGGCCUCGUUGUCCUUCCACCCAGAAGCUCUGAACCCAGAUGUGAAGCUCUGCAAACUUCCUCAGAGUGGCGCCGCUGUCAGCUGUUUUACACUUCAUGUCUGUGCUCAAGCGUCAGGUCGUAACCUUCCAAAGAAAAUCAGUCUCUCAGCUGACCUCCAACUGGAUCGUCUGAAGAGCCGAUUUGCCCGAAGAACUUUCUUCUUGGAUUCCUCCCAGCCGAGUAAAACCAUAGACAUGGAACUUCAUAGCAACUCAGCUCAGCUCUGCCAUAACCUCACAGCCUACUUGCGGGCAGAAUCGGAGUUCAAGGACAAACUCAGCCCUAUAGCCGUAAGUGUAAACUUCAGUCUGGUGAAAGAACAGUCCCCAGACACAGUCCAGCCCACCCUGCACGGGACCACCUUCCUACAAGAGCAAACAAAUAUACUGUUGGAUUGCGGUGAUGACAAUGUCUGUAUCCCAGACCUACAUCUAAAUGCCAACUGGUCUGCAGAUCCUCUACUUAUUGGGAUAGAUAACCUGGUACAUGUCCAGUUCAAUGCCACCAAUUUUGGAGAAGGAGCCUAUGAGGCGGAACUGCACGUCUGGCUGCCACAGGGGGCGCACUACAUGCAAGUGUUGGGGGAGGCAGAGGAGAAGAUCCUGUGUUCCCCAAAAAAGGGAAACGAAUCAGAAAUUGUGGUUUGUGAACUGGGGAACCCAAUGAAAAAUGGAGCCAAGAUUCACGCAGACCUGCAGCUCAGCUUCAGUAACCUGGAGGAUUCUGGGAGCACUGUCACCUUCCAGAUGCAAAUAAAGAGCCGUAACAGUAUAAACUCAAACAGCCCAGUCUUUUUGGUGAAGAUGGCAGUAAAUGUGGCAGCAACCUUAGAACUGCGGGGGAGUUCUCACCCUGCUGAGGUUGUUCUUCCAUUACCCAACUGGGAACCAAGAGAAGAAUCAAGAAAGGUCCAAGACUAUGGGGAGGAGGUGACACAUGUCUACGAGUUACACAAUGCUGGGCCGAGCUCAGUCCAUGUCCAGCUGGUUUUACAGAGCCCAGAAACCUAUCAAGGUGACUACUUGCUGUAUCCCCUGAGUUUGGAGGUUGAUGACAAAAUGAAUUGUAAGAACCAGUCAAAGCUCAACCCUUUACAGCUGGACAUGUUCAUUGCCACUGAAGCACCUGUCAGUUAUAGCACUGGCAGCAAUCACAGGUUGGACAAGAGAGACGUGAGGAAAGAGACCACAGAUGAUUUCAUAGAUGAGAGAAAGAACCACACAAAGAAAGAAGAGACCCAUCAGAAGCACCCAGUAUUACUGAACUGUAGCAGCGCCCCCUGCUGGGAGGUGAUCUGCUCAAUGGAGAAUCUGGACAGAGGAGAAAGAGCAACAGUGAAGCUUCACUCAAUACUUUGGAUUCCCAGUUUGCUAAAGAGGCCUCAACAGCAGUUCAUCCUCCUUUCUCAGGGUUCCUUCCAGGUUACAGGUGUCCCUUACAAGAUUCAGCCUGAAACUCUAUUGACCGGGGAAGCCGCAGCUAACACCACUGUUUUAUGGGUGAGCCCAGUUGGUCAGAAGGAGAUCCCACUGUGGUGGAUAAUUGUAGGGGCCCUUGGGGGACUGCUUCUCUUGGCACUGUUCGUAUUUGUCAUGUGGAAGCUUGGAUUUUUCAAGCGGACAAGACCACCAACUGAAGAUGAGGAUGAACUAACCAGUGACUAGUUGGGUAGCCCUCUGACUCUGGCUUGAUAAGCUACACUGGAUUUCAACCUUACUACAUUGUCUACACUGCUGGCCCAGCUAGUGCAACUUGCACAUCAAGCUCCAGUUCACUGCUCCCAUCACUGUGCAUUAUCAUCUGCUAUCCAUUGAGAGAAGGGUGUCUGCCUUCAGCUCCUGCUAAAGUGCUAAUACUGAGCAGUUUAGCCAGAAACCCACUGGAUUUAAGAAUAUUUGCAACAAAAUUGUACCUGUGGACUUCGUUUGGCUGAUGGAGCUAGACCCCCACUAAAACAGCAUAUGGAACAGACAGUAAAAUAGACCAAACCGCCUUAGUCUCUGACCUUUUAGAACCUCCCUCCUGAUUGCCUUAUAGGACAUGACUGUGGGUUGGUCUGUAAAUGUAAAUAGCAUGCGGGGGUUGUACCAGGGUUCCAUUGCAUUUCAGACUGCUCUACAUUCUCCACAAUCCUAGGGUUAUCAAUUAUAAUUACAAAAGCACAGCAAUAUAGGUCUACUGCUCACUUCCCUAGCUGGCCAUGAAAAAGUUUCCUUUGAAUCAUCAGGCCGGCCCUCUUUCUAUGCUUACCAGAGUUUCCAGUGACUUAAAAUGUAACUGGGGGCUUUUCAGCUUUUAAUAAUGGAACCCUGGGUCUGGGUUUGGACAUCCAUACUAUAGAGCAGGCUAGCCAAAAUGAAGGCCUGCAAAAUGGAUUCUACUCUCCAAGGGAUCCCUUUAGCAUUCAGGGCUGUCAAAGGCCCAUUAGUCUGUGUAUGUUUGUAAAACAACCCAAUGCAACGGAUUUUAAAAGAAAAAUUAAGGUUUAUAUUGGGUUUGGAACCACCUUGAAUAAAUGUAUAAUAAAUAUAAUGAA